CAUCCCACGUCAGCUUGGCCGUCCAUCCAUCGAACUUGUCUUCGAGCGCAACCUGCAACAUCGCAUCUUCUCCCAACUUCUCUCGUUCUCUCUCUCUCUCUCCGAUGGCAGGUGGUUUUGGAGGGAAGUCGUCGUCCGGAGGCCGCACCGGCAUCAGAGUGGUGGUUGCCGGAGACAAAGGAACCGGGAAAUCCAGCCUGAUCUCCGCCCUCGCUUCCGACACAUUCCCGGAUAACGUCCCACGCGUGCUGCCCCCGACUACUCUCCCCGCCGACUUUUACUCCGACCUCAUACCCAUCACCAUCAUCGAUACUCCUUCAAGUAUCGACAAUAGGAUAAAGCUCAUAGAAGAAUUCAGGAAGGCAGAUGCGGUGGUCCUGACAUACGCAUGUGAUCAGCCUGGGACACUCGAUCGCUUGACUUCUUAUUGGCUCCCUGAGCUCCGCCGUUUAGAGAUCAAAGCACCAGUGAUUGUGGUUGGUUGUAAGCUGGAUUUGAGGGAUGAACGCCAUCCGGUAAGCCUGGAGCAGAUAAUGGCUCCGAUCAUGCAGGAGUACAGGGAGAUUGAAACCUGUAUAGAAUGUUCUGCCCUUACCCUUAUUCAGGUUCUUUUUCGAUUUCUCAGCUCUGUUUCUUAAAUGGUUUCUCAACACCAUUGAGGUAUUUUUAUCGACUAAUUUGUAAGCAAAUCAAUCUGCUUGUUACAAUUAAGAU